UUCAACUUCCUGAAGCACAAGUGAUCCAAGUUUCCACAGCAAAGGCAAUUGAAGUUUGUACGGCACUAGCAACUGAAAUUUCUAUAGCACAUGCAAUUGAAGUUCCUACGGCACAUGCAAUUGAAGUUUCUAUGGCACAUGCAAUUAAAGUUUCUACAGCACAAGCAACUGAAGUUUCUAUGGCACAAGCAACCAAAGCUUUUACAAUACAUGCAAUUGAAGUUUUUACGGCUUCACCUCAAACUCAAAAUACGAAUAAGGCUAGGAUUUCAAGACUUUCUAAAUUAAAGUCUUAUACUCGAACUCACCCUUAUUCUUCAGUGAUGGCACCCUUUAAACCUCCUUGUCUUCCAGGUUCUCUAUUGUUGACUUCUUAUAGAAAGCAUCGAAAACCUUUAUCUGCAGUUAAUAAUAUCAUUAUUCAACUUCCUCCCGGAGCCUCUUCACAAAGUUAUGACCUAAACAUAAAUUUAAAAAUUAAUUAG